CUGUGCGUCUGGCACCAUGGUGUCCAUGAGCAUUUUUGUGCGUCUGGGUAUGACACACGCGUGUGCCGAAUUUCGUCGUCCUACGCCAAAGUCACCGCAUUUAUUUGGCGUUUUUGAAAAUUUGUAGGUGGCGCUAUAGAGAAUAGAGAAAAAUGCGUGACUUUUCGCGAAUGUUACCGGUACGUAAUUCGUCCCAGAAGACGGAAAAGAAGUAAAAUAAUAAUGUGGGAAAAUUCCUUUCACUUUCUACUGCUGUCGGUGCUCGGACCCUAAUAAAUAAUUAAAUAAGCACAUGAACUCAGUGGAAAGAUAAAAAUAGACGUAUUUCAAGUGAACCUUGAACAGUGGCGCAACACUUUACUGCCGGACAUCGAGACAGGAAGGAAAAAAUGAAUAAAAACAGUGACUGCAGCAUCAUGUUGGACGAUCUUUUCCAGUCCUCCACUUCAAGCUUGCUGCUGGUUGCCGUUCUGGUCCUGCUUGUUCUGCAUGUUUUUUACUUUCGCAUCGGCGCCCAAGACCAGGAAAAGGAGCCUCCAGGACCUAAACCUUUCCCCCUGCUUGGUAACUUGCUUCAGGUGGAUCUCAAGAGACUCGACAGAUCUCUUUUUGAUCUGUCCAAAGAAUAUGGACCAGUGUUCACCGUCUACUUUGGACUGAAGAAGGUGGUCGUGCUGGCUGGAUACAGGACCGUGAAACAGGCUCUGGUCAACCAUGCUGAAGAGUUCGGAGACCGAGAAGUCACUCCCAUAUUCUACGAUUUCAACAAAGGAAACGGUAUAAUAUUCUCCAAUGGCGAAACGUGGAAAGAAAUGAGGCGUUUUGCUCUGACUACACUGAGAGAUUUUGGCAUGGGCAAACGGAUUAGUGAGACGAGAAUCAUUGAGGAAUGUCGAUACCUGAUGGAAGAAUUUGAACAAUAUGAAGGUAAAGCCUUCAAUCCCAGAAAGGAAAUUAGUUACGCAACUUCAAACAUUAUUGCAGCCAUUAUGUUUGGAAAGAGGUUCGAAUACAAAGACCCUGACUUCCAAGAUAUGGUAGAAAGAGACCACAAGUCCAUCAUUCUGACAGGAUCAGCUUCCAUCCUGUUAUACAACAUGUUUCCUUGGCUGCGUCCUUUCCUGAAGAACUGGUGGGAUUUGAUGAAGAAUGUGGAGCAUAACAUAAAAGAUACAAAAAGCAUCUUAACAGAUCUGAAGGAGACUCUGAACCCUGAGAUGUGCAGAUGUUUCAUUGAUGCAUUCCUGACUCGUAAGCUAAACCUGGAGGAGUCUAAAAUCGAGAACUCGCAGUACCAUGAUGAAAACCUGAUCUACAGUGUGAUAAACCUGUUUGCAGCUGGAAGUGACACCACAGGAACGUCACUGCAGUGGUGUUUGCUUUUCAUAACUAAGUACCCUCAUAUUCAAGACCAGGUCCAGGAGGAGCUGAGCAGGGUGGUCGGAAGCCGUCAAGUACAAGUAGACGACAGGAAGGACCUGCCGUACACUGACGCUGUCAUCCAUGAAUCACAAAGACUGGCGAACAUUGUCCCCAUGUCUAUUCCUCACAAAACCAGUCGAGACACAAUCUUCCAGGGCUACUCUAUCAAAGAGGGGACUACUGUGUUUCCUCUUCUUACGUCUGUCUUGUAUGAUGAGAGCGAAUGGGAGAGCCCACGCACCUUCAACCCUUCCCACUUUCUGGAUGAGGGCGGUAAAUUCAUCAGAAGAGAUGCCUUCAUGCCAUUUUCUGCAGGGCGCAGGGCGUGUCUCGGAGAGAGUUUGGCUAGAAUGGAGCUCUUUCUCUUCUUCAGCUUUCUCCUUCAGCGCUUUCGUUUCACUCCUCCACCUGGAGUCACAGAGGAUGAACUGGAUAUCACACCAGUUGUGGGAUUCACCCUCAACCCACAACCCUUUGACCUAUGUGCCGUUAGUCGCCAGUGACAAAGAGAGUUGGAACCUCUUAAUUUUUUUUUUUUAUGACACAGUGAGAGUUUCAACUGUCUGUGGGGGGGAAAUGUUGUCUAGAGAUUUCACCAAUUUUCUCACCAUAAACUGCAACUGGCUAUAAAUUCAAGAUAGAAAGAUAGACCGAUGUAUCAAGCUUAUUGUAUGUUGCAAACACAAAAUGUAUCUGAAUAUAUAAAGUUUCGAAGUAUACUUGGCUGACAAUAAAAACAUGUUAACAGAG